UUUCGUGGAGUGGUUCUUGCUUAGUGGCACUAAGCAUAAAAAUGUACCCAAGUCUAUUUUAGAUGUUGUAGAUAGUGGGAGGUACAAUGAAUUUGCUUGGGGCCGGAGUUCUUUUGAAUUGACUAUUUCCUCAUUGAAGGGUAAGCUUGAUAGUUGGGUUGAGGGGGUUAGGAAGGCAAAGAGUUCGGGAAAGAGGCCGAGUGUUUUUUACACUUUGAUUGGUUGUCCUCAUGUUCUUCAAGUGUGGUUCUACGAGUGUUGUAAGUACAUGAAAGGUAAGUACUGCCAAAAGGAAAGCUCUCGUAUUCCAAGGAUCACUCAGUGGACAUGCAAUAGUCAACCUACUUUCAAAGUUUUGAAGACUACUAUCUUUGAUGUUUCCAAAGAUAAGCUGCAACUUUCAAAUAUGAGGCCCACGGCUGGUGAGUUCAAAGCUUUGAAACUGAGCAGUUUCAAGUUCGACACCGACUUCAACUCUUACAAGAGUCUUCCUGUCCCCGAAGAGCCAACUGUUGCUCAGAGUGACAUUUCUGUCAAGCUUGAGGCCUUUUUUGAGAAAUUUCAUGGGUUGGAGGUCAAGAUCGAUUCGUUGCAUACUUCCCAACAGAAGAUUUCAUCUGAUUUGGUUGAGUUGAAAGAGUUUGUGUCUGCACAGUUUGUUUCUUUUGGUGCUCAGAUGGCUUCAAUGCAGACACGCUUUUCUCUGUUUUUGCCGAUUCCUAUGCCAAGGAAAAAGGCAAAGGACUCUUCCAAUGAUGAUGAUGGAGGUGGUGAUGAAGCGAUUUUGAUUUAA